GGCAUCGGCUUUUUUCACAGUAAGCCGAUUCUGCCUGGAUUCCUUGAGGCAAGUGGUGGCAGCCAAUCAGAUUAGCAAAAUCUAAGCCACCACGUGCAUAACACCUCCACCCCCAGAGGUGUUGCCGUUGUUCUUUUAGAAUAAAUAGAGGGGUCCUCGUCUAGCAUCCUCAUUUUGUUUCUAGCAAUUUACUUCUGUUGUUGUAGCAUUUCUCCAGUUUCUAUAUCGAUCUGCUCUUCGAAGAGGUCCGUGAACUAUUCCAGCUGAUCUGACGUGUUUUAUCUUCUGAGGAUGCAAGAAGAUAUUUGGCCUCCAGGUGUUUCAGUCAGCCAGCAAGCAGAGCACACAUGAAGGAAUCCUGGUAGCAUUAAAGAUGCUUCAAUUCAUACUUCAAAGAAAGACCCUUAAUUUCCUCAUAUUGUUGGUGCUACUUUUUCUGUGCAUAGUAAUACUAUGGUACACUUGGCAAGUUCCAUCUUACAGGCCCUUAGUGCUUUAUAGUCAUCAAGUUACCAAACGUUUUCAGAAAACAGAUUUUCUACUGACUCCAGAAACUGACUGCAUGGUUGAUCCUCCAUAUUUGGUGAUUCUUGUAUCCACAACACAUGAUCAGCUGAAAGCACGGGCAGCUGUACGAAAAACUUGGGGUAAAAUCAGACUAAUUCAAAACAAAACAGUUGUGACAUAUUUUCUCAUUGGGACCACAGAGAGCCAUGUUCAUCAGGAUACAUUAGCCAAUGAAAAUGCACAACAUGGAGACAUUAUCCAAAAGAAUUUUCUUGACACAUACCAUAACCUGACUCUCAAAACACUAAUGGGUAUUGAGUGGGUCAGUCUAUUUUGCUCUUCAUCCAGCUUUGUUAUGAAAACUGACUCUGAUAUGUUUAUCAAUGUGUUUUACCUUGUGGACCUUCUGCUGAAAAAGGACAAGAAAACAAAUUUUUUUACUGGGUUUAUAAAGUUAAAUGAAAGACCUCUGAGGGACACAUCAAGUAAGUGGUAUGUCAGUGAGGCUGAGUAUCCUGAAAAGACAUACCCACCAUUUUGUUCUGGAACAGGUUAUGUUUUCUCGGCAGAUUUAGCUCAAAAGAUUUAUAAUGCAUCACGACAUGUUCCUGUAGUAAACCUAGAGGAUGUAUAUGUUGGACUAUGUCUUUCCAAGCUGAAUAUAACUCCAGAGCCUCUCACUACAAAAAAUGUAUUCUUUUCACAUAGAAUUCAAUUUUCUGUAUGCUCUUUUCGUAAUAUUGUUACCACUCAUCGGUUCAAACCAUCUGAGAUACUUCUGUAUUGGAGAGCACUGGAAGAAUCUAUGGAUGCAGAGUGCAAGUCUGAUGAUGGUUUAAGCUGAAUAAAAUGUAAUCAGUUUAUGUUUAAUGCAUAGGAAGAACAACAAUUAAUAAAAAUUCUAACACACAUAAUUAUUAAAUUGCAUUUUCCAAUACUUCCAAAAAUAUAUGUUGAUGGUCAGAAAAUUACUUGAGACAUACUUUAUGCAUAAAUAAGGAUCCAUUUUGUAUGUUUUCAAAUUAAUUUGUGUAGAGGCAGUGUAAUCAUCAUAAAAAAUUAAAUUACUGUACACUAUA